CGAUCACUUUGGGUCCGGGAGGGAACUGAAGUGUCCGUGGCCACUGAAGGAUUGUAACAUACGCACGCACUGCAGCAACACAAGAACAGGAAGUAUGUUCAUAGAAGUUCUGAUUGGGCUUGUGGUUGGAGGAGUGAUCUUCCUGCUAGUGUUUAGAAGAAGAAGCCAUGUUUUGAAAACAGAGGACGGCUGGUGGGGAGUUGGUCCAGUCCCUGAUGGCGAGCAAGACUCCAACAUUUACCCAUUUAAAGUGACCACUAGCGAUGAAGAGCUUGAGGACCUUCACAGAAGAAUAGACCAAACACGUGCAGUUCCCUCACUAGAAGACAGUCAAUUCAAUUAUGGUUUUAAUUCGAAAUACCUUGAGAAGGUCAUCUCUUACUGGAGGAAUGACUUUGACUGGAGGCGACAAGUGGACAAACUCAACCAGUAUCCUCACUUCAAAACCAAAAUUGAAGGCAUUGAUGUUCACUAUGUGCAUGUGAAACCCAAACGGGUGCCAGAAGGGACCGAUCCUAUUCCUUUAAUAAUGGUUCAUGGCUGGCCUGGCUCCUUCUAUGAAUUUUAUGGGGCAAUUCCAUUGCUAACAGAGCCAUCGGACCCCCAAAACCUUGUGUUUGAGGUGGUGUGCCCGUCCAUACCAGGCUAUGGCUACUCGGAAGCGCCACAUAAAAAAGGUUUUGAUUCCAUCUGUGCUGCGCACAUCUUCCACAAACUGAUGAGACGUCUUGGUUUUCAACAGUUCUAUGCUCACGGAGGAGACUGGGGCUGGCUCGUCACCACUAACAUGGCUCAACUUGAACCCAAGACAGUUAAAGGCUUGCAUGUCAACUUCGCGCCACCUUCCAAACCUGGGCUGACCAUAACUUUAUCAAUCCUGCUUGGCCGUCACUUCCCCAAGCUGUUCGGUUUCACCAGCGUGGACCUUGAACGUCUCUACCCAUGCUUUCAAAAAUUAUUUGUGGAGUCCAUCAAGGAGACCGGCUACAUGCACAUCCAGGCCACCAAACCCGACACUGCGGGUCGAGGGCUGAAUGAUUCACCAGUCGGUCUGGCUGCAUACAUACUGGAGAAAUUCUCCACAUGGACAAGUCAAGACUUCAGAAACCUGGAGGAUGGAGGUCUCACCAGGAAGUUCUCUCUGGACGAACUGCUGACUAAUGUGAUGAUCUAUUGGACGUCUGGAUGUAUGAUUCCCUCAAUGAGGUUUUAUAAGGAAAACUUCACCCGCCUCGACUCUCCCGACAUCAAGAUGCCAGUGUCCGUGCCAACUGGGUUCGCAUGCUUCCCAAAUGAGCUGAUGCACACUCCAAAGCUGUGGGUCCAACAGAAAUUCCAUAACCUUCUCACCUACACAUACAUGGCUCGUGGGGGUCAUUUUGCGGCCAUGGAAGAACCCCAGCUGAUGGUUGAGGACAUUAACAACUUCAUCCAGAAAGUGGAGAAGAUGAAAGCACAUUAACCGCUACUCAGAAUACGAUGUCAAUAUGAAGGAGUGUUUUUACAUAUCUUGCUUUUUCAAUUUUUAAGAAAUUUGCCUGUAUACCCUAUCAGCAGUGCCUUUAAAAGGUAAACAAUAAUUGAAGUGUAUCUUUUAUGAUAUUAAGCUUGUGAUGUUAAUUAAUGCAAAAUGGACCCAAAGAUGUGCCAUUAAUUUGUUCCACAUUUGCACUGGUUGUUGGGACAGUCCUCUGUUAUUCAUGACAGAGUUUGUACUCUUCGUCAGCUAAGACAGAGGAGCUGCGAUAGAUGCCAUCACUGGAAAUUAAUAUCUCAAUACAAUGAUCUCUCGUUUUUCGCUGAUAAUUAGUACCCCCCCCCCCCCCACCGACCGAAAAUCUAAAAUAUCCGCGAAUUAAAUUAAAAGAAAUUAAAAAAUUAAAAUAAAUUUAAAAAAAAAAUAGGACGGGGGGGUUCAAUGUAUUAAGAUUUAACAGCAUUAUAAAGAGAUACACACAAUGAAGGAAAUAAGUAUUUGAACACUGCUAUUUUGCAAGGUCUGCCACUUAGAAAUCAUGGAGGAGCAUUAAACAACAAAAUUGAAUAAGGAGGAGGCAGGCUGUAAUGAAACAGUUUUCUUCAUCAAACCGUUGUUAAUAAAUACAAUCUAAAUCCAGUUUCAAAGCACACUCUCUUGUAAGACAUUUUACAGUUUGAAUGGGAGUUUGUGUUAAAGACAGCUGUUACGGUAUAUAAAUAAGUUUAUGUGUGUUGUUUCUUUAUAAAAACAAAUGAGACAACUUUACUAUGUAACAAUAACUCACUUGUUAAUAUGCGUCUCUAAAACAAUACAAACGAACACUGAAGACACUGAUUAGCAUCCUCGCUAACUAGCUUAGUGCUCUGUGCUAAGUAGUAAAGUCUCAUACAAUACAAACAAUAAAAUUGGCUUAAUUUACGCACCUCUGACGGAGGCACACUCGAUCUAACGACACAAAAGACAAUUAAACUAAAUACUUUGUAAUAUUAUUGAUUCAGCAGCCCAACCUGAGUGUAGCAGUGAACUCUCUCUCUCUCUUGCUCUAAUCCCUGGCGCAGACUCCAGUUCAUACACGAAAACCGUGUUUCAUUGCCCUAAAGGCCUUGUACACUGAUUGAAAAUAUUUUUCUUCAUAAUACACCAUUGUUUGAAUGUUUUUUUCCCCAUCCAAUGAACACGUUGACACAGAAUAUUUUUUUGAUUAAAUUUUGAUCUUUAAGAAACCUUUCAUGUCAGCGUUCAAUUUUAGGGAAAUGUAUCGCACAUUUAAAAAAAAAAAAAUUCUUAACAUGAUAAACAGACAGAUGAACAAUCAACAAUACAAACCAAAAUA